AUGUCUGGAAUAACCUGGUUUUCUAAUCCGGACCUGCGGGUCCCUGGUACCUUUGGAACCCCUUCUCCUGCUACGACAGCCCAAAUUCCUGAGGGUGCCUACGUCCCGUACGGCACUAUCCCCGUACCGCCAACGAGCGCCCCCCCAGCACCGCCAACGAUGCCGCCGGCAGCGCACAUUGUUGACCGGGGUGCAAAGCCAUCCUGGUUUUAUGUCCCGCAAAGUGCAGCGGCCGCUCCUCCUCCCGUGGCGAGCCCACCGCCGCCUACCUACGUUAUAGCGAUUAACUAUGCUCCGCAGAUUCAAGCACCUCCCUACGCGCCUAAUAGCGUUACCUCCUCGUCAAGAUCGCAUAGCCGUGCGAUUACCUCUGCUCCACAUAGUCAAGCACCUUCAACACGUAGCCACACGCCCUCUUCGGCUUCUCGGCGCAGUCAAAUGAGCCCACCACCGAUACCAGCAUCUGGCACCCAUGCUCCUUCCCACACAUCGCACCGUAGCAGCGCAACCAGGGCAAGCCAUGGUGGAUCUCACAGCGGGCAUAUGAGCCCGCCGCCACGCUAUGACGCACCGUCCAGGCCUCCUAUCGGUAUGAUUGCCCCUCCCCCACCUGGAUACCAGGCGUCUUCAUUCCCGCCAAGGACCGACUAUGUCCAGCGCCCUCCCUCCGCGGUCACGCGGGGAUCGAGCCGUCCGCCGACGGCCCCAGAGGUGCCGUCGCAUGCGUCGAGCCGGCACACUCAUCGCUCAGGGACCUCGCGCGGGAGCGACGCGCGCUCAGUAAGAAGCCCGCCGCCGAGUGCGAGUGCGGGUAGUAGAAGCGCAACCCCGAGUGCGAGAAGCGGUGGCGGGCACGGUAUAAACAUCAUCUGGGGGAUUAAUUCGGGUAGUCGGGGUGGCUCGGGGGGUCCGGCGAGUACGAGCGGUACGCUGAGGCCGGAGGAUAGUAUUUCGAAUGUGUGGGGGGAAGCGGAUAGAGAGAGGAGUAGGCGGGAUGAUGCCAGGAGGGAGGAGAGGAGGGCUAGGAGGAGAUAG